UUCCUGUUUUCGCAGCUACAGCUGUGUUAGCUUUGCCAGUUACUCAGUCUUGAAGCAGACGUGCUAAUAUCAGAUUUCAUAUUUCCCUUUUUUUGUUCACUACACCUGCAGGAGUCAGUCAUGGUGGCCAAGUGCUUUAGUUUCUGCUUGCAGAUCAUUUUAUUGUUUAACUAUUACACAGUGUGUAGUGCUAAUAUUUCAUGUAGAAAUGAAGCCGGGGAGCCUGUUGACUGGUUCGUCAUCUACAAGAUGCCCAGGUAUAAGAUCGGCGAGGUGGGCAGUGGAGUGGACUACAUGUACCUAGACUCCUCAGCAGAAGGCUGGCACAUGAGUAAAUACAUGGUUAACACCAGUCAGGGAGCCUUGGUGAGCACUCUGAACCAACUUUACAUGGGAAAGGCCUACGAGUCUAACAGUUCAGUCUACGCUCUCUACAAUGAUGCUCCACCGUUGACAGAUUAUAUCCGUGGAUAUGGACACACCAAAGGGGCCAUGCUCUUUGACAACUCUCAAGGUUUCUGGCUGUCGCACAGUGUCCCCCAUUUCCCCUCAUUCCCCGAGAAAGGCUACGUUUACCCCUCCUCUGGCAAAGUCUACGGUCAGACCGCUCUGUGUGUGACCUACCAGUAUAAACAGUUCCUCCAAAUAGCACAGCAGAUGGCGUAUAUCUUCCCACGUUUCUAUAACUGCUCUGUACCUGCAACCUUCAUGGCUGACCUGCCGCAGUUGGUUCAGUUAUGUAAGGGCUCCAAACCACCGCUGUCCUCAGAUAAGAGAGAGGAGCAUCUUUUCUCAAUCAGGGGGGAAAAGUUUGUCAGUUUUGUCAAAUCUGAACACUUAGUAGAUGACAUCUACACGGGCUGGAUGGCUCAGGUCCUGGACGCCGACUUACUGGCAGAGACAUGGCAGAGACAAAGUCACGAGCUGCCCUCAAACUGCUCCCUGCCCAAACACGUCAUGAACAUUAAGAGGAUCCAGCUUCCUGGGUCAGUCCGGUUUCAGUCCUACUACGACCACUCAAAGUGGUGCGUGUCCUUGGCCUAUGAGGACCAGGUGACCUGUCUGGGGGAUCUUAACAGAGAGAAGGCCCAAAUGUGGCGAGGUGGGGGGAUGGUCUGCACCUUUAACCCACUGAUUUACAAGGCCUUCAGGAAGAUGGUCGACUGGUACAUCGGCUGUUGAACAAGAACAAAAGAUAGGAUGUUUGGGUCUGUACCUACACAAUUUGAAUGGGUAGUGAGAAAUAUUCUCAUGUGUAAAAGAGCAGUUUUGAAUAUAAUAUCACAAAAGAUUUAUCUCAAUUUCUUUACUGACUCCGACAUUUUCUAUCAAUCUGAGUCUGCUGAUAUUUAAAAUGAGCCUAAUAGGCAAGAACUUGUUUGUAUGUACCGGUAUUAAAAUGAUGACCUUGUUUCACCAUGUUUACGCUUUUAUAGCAACUGACAAUUAAAAACUAAAGCUUUUAUAAUCCAA